AGGAGAAUCUAAGUUUAUGCGUUUUGAUAAAGAACAUGCAAGGAUAUACAUUGAAUUAUGAGUUGUUUUUACUUUGGUCGUUUAUUUUUGGUCUUGCGUUUUGAUACUUCCAAUUUCUAACGGGCCCACAUGGAGGUCGGCCCAAUCAGCUCUGCCCAACGAUGCUCUUAUCUUUGACUUGUGUAGCUUAGGUGCUUUAAUCGAAGGUAAUGUCACCCCUCAUAAUCGAAAUCCCAACCCGGUCAACCGCUAGAUUUUCAAUAUUUUUAUUCCAACUCAAACCAAAUCUCUCUUCCGUACCAUUCCUUGAAUUUUUUAUAAAUGAAAAAUAGGAGCAAGGAAAGGAUUAGAAAAGUAAAACUGGUAGAUGCUACCACGAUGAUACAAUAACAAUAUGAUAGACCACAUAGGGUUAUAAUUGCACUACUUAGAGUAAUCAAGUCAAAUUCAUUCAUAACUCAACGUGCAGGAUCUAAAACCAAGCAGGCCCACCCAACUUUAUUCGUGGACCCACUCUUUAAACCCAUUAACCUCGCACGCGCAUUGUAGAAACACCUUUUCUUUAACAUCAUUCCCGGCGGGAGCGCACGUUAGUCCAUAGACUCAGACAAAUUAAACAACUACCAAAAGGGAGUGCGCACUGUUCACCCCGUCCGCAACUCUCCCAUCGGUUAAAACUCAAAAGCAAAAGACAAAAAGGAAUGUGCGUAAUUCCUGAAAUACCCCUCCGAUCUGGCACCCCUCUUCAAAUCCCAAAUUCCAUUUUGGAUCACCCUCUUCUCUCUCUCUCUCUCUCUCACCUCAUUUCAUACAGUGUUGUGUUGUAUCUCGCAGAGAGAGAAGAGAGGGGAACCUUCCUCUUCUUCCUCUUCUCGUCCUUCUGUUGUUGCUGAUGGAGCUCCAGAGGCGACCAGAUCAGUGUCUUCCGGAGAGGAAAGGGCAGAAGAGGAAGCUGGAAGAGGAAUUCGAAGAUGACCGGCAGAUCUCCGCGCCUCCCACCGGCGACGCUCGCUACGCUCUCCUCUCCGACGUUAAGGAACAAGUUUCCAUCCUUGAUUCUACUUUCUCCUGGAAGGAAUCCGAUCGUGCUGCCGCGAAGCGCGCCACUCACGCCCUCGCCGAUCUCGCCAAAAAUGAGGAAGUUGUGAACGUGAUUGUUGAAGGAGGCGCCAUUCCGGCUUUGGUUAAGCAUCUUCAAGCGCCUCCUUCGGCUGAAAACGACCACGUCCAGAGGCCAUUGCCGUUUGAGCACGAGGUUGAGAAGGGGAGUGCUUUCGCGCUUGGACUUCUUGCCGUCAAGCCAGAACAUCAGCAGCUCAUUGUUGACAGUGGUGCCUUAAAACAUCUUGUUGAUCUUUUAAAGAGGCAUAAGAAUGGCCUAACAUCACGUGCCAUUAAUAGUCUCAUUCGUAGGGCUGCAGAUGCGAUUACUAAUCUUGCUCAUGAGAACAGCAGCAUUAAAACCCGUGUCAGGAUGGAAGGUGGGAUUCCACCACUUGUUCAUUUGCUUGAAUUUGCGGAUACAAAGGUGCAAAGAGCAGCUGCUGGUGCAUUGCGGACCCUUGCAUUUAAAAAUGAUGAAAAUAAAAAUCAGAUUGUUGAAUGCAAUGCUCUUCCAACUCUGAUUCUAAUGCUUCGUUCAGAAGAUGCUGCUAUUCAUUAUGAAGCGGUUGGUGUGAUUGGAAAUCUGGUCCACUCUUCCCCUAAUAUAAAGAAAGAAGUUCUUCUUGCUGGAGCAUUGCAACCUGUUAUUGGAUUGCUUAGCUCUUGUUGCUCUGAGAGCCAAAGGGAAGCAGCCUUGUUACUUGGACAGUUUGCAGCAACUGAUUCAGACUGCAAGGUUCACAUUGUUCAGAGAGGUGCUGUCCGACCUCUGAUAGAGAUGCUUCAGUCUGCUGAUGUUCAGCUCAAAGAAAUGUCUGCCUUUGCAUUGGGGAGAUUAGCUCAGGACAUACAUAACCAAGCUGGUAUUGCACACAAUGGUGGCUUGAUACCAUUACUUAAGCUUCUUGACUCAAAAAAUGGGUCUUUGCAACAUAAUGCUGCUUUUGCUCUUUAUGGCCUUGCAGAUAAUGAGGAUAAUGUGUCCGAUUUUAUUAGGGUUGGAGGAAUUCAGAGACUGCAGGAUGGGGAGUUUAUUGUUCAAGCAACUAAGGAUUGUGUUGCAAAAACAUUGAAAAGAUUGGAAGAGAAGAUUCAUGGCCGCGUCCUGAACCAUUUGUUAUAUCUGAUGCGUGUUUCAGAAAAGGCUUUUCAAAGACGAGUUGCUUUGGCUCUUGCUCAUCUUUGUUCUGCAGAUGAUCAGAGAAAGAUAUUUAUUGAUCACCAUGGUUUGGAGUUGCUUAUGGGGCUUCUUGGCUCUUCGAACCCUAAGCAGCAACUUGAUGGAGCUGUGGGUUUAUGCAAGUUGGCCAAUAAAGCUAUGACUUUGUCUCCUGUAGAUGCUGCACCCCCAUCUCCAACACCCCAGGUUUAUUUGGGAGAACAGUAUGUAAACAAUGCUACCUUGUCUGACGUUACAUUUUUGGUGGAAGGUAAACGGUUUUAUGCUCACAGAAUCUGCCUACUUGCGUCUUCAGAUGCAUUUCGGGCAAUGUUUGAUGGUGGUUAUAGGGAGAAGGAUGCAAGGGACAUAGAGAUUCCAAACAUUAGAUGGGAGGUUUUUGAGCUGAUGAUGAGAUUUAUAUACACUGGAUCAGUUGAUGUCACCCUUGUUAUUGCUCAAGAUCUCCUCCGAGCAGCUGACCAAUAUCUUCUAGAAGGACUUAAGAGACUCUGUGAAUACACAAUUGCACAGGAUAUAUCACUUGAAAAUGUGUCAAGUAUGUAUGAACUUUCAGAAGCCUUUAAUGCUAUAUCAUUGAGGCACACAUGCAUCCUUUUUAUCUUGGAGCACUUUGAUAAAUUGAGUGCAAGGCCAGGGUAUUCAUUUGAUCUCCCUCAAUCCUGUGUUUGCUUGUUGUCAUAUGUUUUUUUUCCUCUGCAACGCAUAAAAGAUGUUUGCAAUACUAAUGAGUAGGUAAUCUAAAUAGACUAAAUAUCUGAAUCAUUCUGGGUAAGCUGGAGGUUUUAGGUCAGUUGUGUUCCACCUACUUUUAAUACUGUUUGUCUUUAUUUUGGGCACUACUUAAACAAUGACAUUCUUCUACUGGUCUAAAUCAAAAUUAUAAAUCUACUAAUAUCCUGUAAUUAAUAAGGAAUAGUUCUCCAAGGGGUUCCUAUGACUCUUCUUUUUAGUGCAAAGCUCUAUUUCAUUUAAUGGUCAAGUGACAUCUAACAAGCAUCUUUUUGACAUGAUUCUAUUAGUAUUCAGACAAGAAAAUAAAAGAUCGAUUUUUUAUUUAUUUAUUUUUUAUUUUUGUGGUGAUGGAAAUAUGGAGAACCAUAUCCCAUGUAGUACGUUUUCUUUGGGAGGGGGUGGGGGUUGCAUUGCGCUGGUCUUUCAUUUUUUUAUUUUGGAUGCAUAAUAACUUGCUAUAUUAUAGGUAGCUUUAACAGCAGACACCUAUCUUUGGUUUGAACUUAGUUGAGUGAUUACGUUUUUGCUGGACAAAUAAAUCACGAAUAUGAUGACUGAAUUUCACAUUAACUUUGCAAGUUUGCAUUGAUUCUAUGACUUAAUUACUAACAUCAAUUUUUUGCUUGCACCAACUAUUUACUUGCAGACACUCUCAUCUGAUUCAGCGUAUAAUACCAGAAAUCCGCAAUUACUUUGUUAAAGCUCUUACAAAGGCCAAUUCCCACAUCCAGCUGUAGUAUGUGCCAUUAUAUUAUUGACAUCUAACCGGUUACAAUGUACAUAAUGUGGUAGAUGUUCUUCUUUCUAUUGAAACUACGAAGGAAGUCUGCUGGAUUAAGUACAGCUUGGCUUAAAGAGAUAUCUAACAUCAGGUCAUGUACGUUAUUUUCUGAUGCAGUGUAAGUCCCUUCUGGCUGUAACGUCAUUGUCAUAGAUGUAGCAAAUAUGACCUUCACGAACAUUGUUUUUUCUCGUGCAAUAUUGUGAUGGUUAUGACUUGAUAGUUCUUUCUCAAUUGAUUUUGCAUUCAAUUUGAGUUUGAGUAUAGGUUGUCCAAACACGUCAUGUAUAUAUGACAAUUAGAUUCUGGAAGAAAAUUGUGCUGAUGGGUUACUUCUGUCUUUUAUCUUGUUUUCUGACGUGGAAAUGUAAAUUAAUUGCAAACACGUCAUUUGAAGUUACAAAUGCAUCACUUAAUUACUCAUUUACUCAUAUGACCCAAGACUAUGAAUACACUAUCUUUUAUAAAAUUU